AUGGACGACGCGGCUGUGCCUCCGGCUCCUGCAAAAGGAGGCAACGAUGGCGAACAGCGUCCACUCGCAGAGGGAGACGAAACCGCGACAGCUGAGGAUGAUGGUGCGGUCUUAAUGGUCGAGUCACAAUGUCCCAUUUGUCUCGACGAUUGCCUCAUCGCGAGUGAACGCCCAGAGGAUCAAGCUGUUUUUCUACCGUGUUGCUACGUCUCGCUCCACGAUGGCUGUCUCGAGUCUCUUCUUCGAUCUUCCUGUGGGGAGAAAAAGAGUGCCAUUGCCUUUUUCCUUGACCCGCCUUCAUUGUUAAGGGCUUCCGGAUUGCAUUCCUCACUACCAUCUAUGCAGCUGGGCUCUUUUCCUAGUUGUAGAAAAGAAGCCAGGGUGGACGUUCUGAGGAAUGUGGUUAAUUCUGUAACCACCUCUAAUAUUGAAUGAUCCGGCAAAUGAUCCGGCGACACUUGUUCCCUUAUCUGGGGUAUUAAUCAGCCGCUCGUCAUCGGGGCCUACAGAUACCGAAGAUGAUGGAGGUGGAAGUAGCAGCACAGCUGCUAGUAGUUCUUCUGGAGAUCAGAAGGAGGCUGUAGAGACUAGAACGGGGACUUGUCCUGUUUGUCGGCAACAGUUUUCGGCUUCCAUGGUACUGAGGGACGAAAAGCUAGUGCAAAAACUGCUGUCUCGAAAGGAAUGGAGUCAACGCCAGAAAGACACCCUCGUGACCUCGGAAUUGGGCAAUCACUUGUUUUUAGGCAUUUUCAUCGUGGGAUUUGGCCUGCGGGAAAUCAUAGUGCUCGUUUUGGAUAGUUGCAAGGGGGUGGCGCGCUUUACGUGGAGGAAAGGAUUGGACUUGAGUUAUUUCACGAUCGCGAAAUCGACCCAAGGCUCCAUUUGGACGCUAAAGCAGAUAAAGAACGGAGGCGAUCUCGUACUGUACGCGGUCGUGAGAGGAGGAGCGAAAAUUCUUCAUCACUUCCUCUAUGGGGUAGCGAAAUGCAAGCCGGUACAUAUUGUUUAGUAGCUGCAUGUUGUGUAGCUGCACGUUGUCUUUCUCUUUACGUGUAAUAUCUUCAGCUUUCGAAUUUUUUCAUAAACAAGUUACGAGGCGUAGUACUCGGACAACUAAGUAGAUGAUCUUUCAAUAUUCCUUCAAAAAAAUUAUGCCAGCUUAUCGAGGCAGUCCUCAUCAACCCGGGACUAGCCUUGUGGAGGAACUCCACGAACGCUCGUGCGGCGGGCUAUCGAGCCGCUUGCGAUGGCGCAAAAAUGACGUAUGAGGGGUGUUUAGCCGCAACGGAUGCGAUGGCUGACACGAGUCACUGGCUCAUUCUGGAUAUCUUUUGGGGAGAGUUUUGCAUCCGCUUCCUCUACGGCACUGUUUUUAUCCCUUCGAGAGACUUUUUUGCGGAUUACAUCUUCUGGCCCGGUCUGCAUUUGACCUUAACCGGCUUGGAAAGGCUGACGAGAUUCAGCUAUUGGUACGUUCUCGUUCCUGGGCAUCGCUACGUGCUGCGACCCUUUUUCGACUAUGUCCUGAAGCCAACGGGGUACGUGGUUUACUAUAGCUUGGGGUGUGUGGGGGAAGGCUUGCGCAUCGCGCACAGACACACGUUUGCGCGGGUGCCAGACUCGGUCCGUUGGUCGUUCGCCUUAGCCAAAAAAUCCUGGCUACGAGUGCGCACAACGAUGGCGACCAAGUGCGCGCCCUUAGUGAUGAGUGCGAAGCAAAAGUGGCAGGCCACACGGCAAUACUGCACUGCUAUCAUCGGAGAACUGUAUGCGAAUAGGAUACGCCCCCAAGUGGAGCGAGCGUAUAACUCGACAAUCGUGCCAGCUAGGGCAGCGGCAAGGGCAGCUGCGAACUCAGCGUCGGAGAGGUCGCGUUUGAUACUUGCAGAUCUCAGACGGCGCAUGGAUAGGGCUCGACAGCAGGCUAGUGAAGCAUGGCAAAAAUUUUGA